AUGGCAGCCGACAUCCCCAGCUUCACCCUCAACACGGGUGCCAAGAUCCCCUCGGUCGGCAUGGGCUGCUGGCAAGGCGAGCCAGGUGCGGGCAAGGACAACGAGCUUGUCGACGCCCUCGUCACGGCCAUUAAUAUCGGCUAUCGCCACCUGGACACCGCCACGUUCUACGCCAAUGAGGCUGAAGUAGGCCAGGCUGUGCGUCAAUCUGGCGUCCCCCGCUCGGAACUCUUUGUCACCACCAAGCUCCGACCUGACCGCGUGCAAGACCCCGUCAAGGAGUUUGAAGAGUCGUUCAACAAGCUCGACGUCGAGUACAUUGACCUUUGGCUCAUGCACUGGCCUCAAGGCUUUUCGGACAAAGGGUCGUUCGGUCUGGAGCACCAGAAGCAUCUCGGCCCAACAUUCAACGAGACCUGGGCCAAGAUGGAGGACAUCUUCCUCAACUCGCACAAGGGCAAGGUCAAGGCCAUUGGCGUCAGCAACUUUAGCAUCAAGAACCUCGAGAUCUUGGCCAAGACUGCCAAAGUGACCCCAGCAGUCAACCAGAUCGAAGCGCACCCGUACUUGCCCGAACACAAGCUGGUCGAUUACUGUAAGCAAAAGGGAAUUCACAUCACCGCCUAUUCCCCCAUCGGACAGUCGUCCAAGGUAAUCCACGAAGACAAGGACCUCAAUGCGAUUGCCAAGAAGCACAACGUCACCGCGGCCACUGUUGCUCUCAGCUGGGCCGUGCAGCGUGGCACCUCGGUCGCGCCCAAGUCGACCAACCCGGAGCGCAUGAAACAGAACAUCACUCUCAUCAAACUGACUGACGACGAGAUGAAGCAGGUCGACAACAUCUCGAACGACCCGACGCGAUCCACCCAUCUCAACUACCUUGUCGUCGACAAAGAGACUGGCGAAGUCUUCGGUUGGACCCCCGAAGAAAUGGGUUGGGACGUUGGCUUCCUCGAGGAGCCUGGCAAGUCUGCAAAGAGGUACGGUGACGGCAAGUGA